UUGGAUUUUUGUUUCCAGUUCCCGAGUCGACAGAUUUUCGAAGCCUAUUCAAAACCAGUUGUGGACAGUUCCACUGAGAAGCCCAUCUGGAGCACUGUGAACGAAAAUGAUUUGGAGGGUUUUGUAUGGCAAUAUCUUGGAUGGGAUCGAGCGCGACUUGAGAAGCAAACUCAAGGUGCGCUCCAAAAAUGGAAUGAAUAUAUGGGGCGCGGGGUCGGUGGUAAAGGAGUGGCCUAUCAAACACAUAUCACUUCAUUUGCACAUCGACUACAGAAAAGCGAAGACGAUCAACGACUGAAACCAACUGCACGAGUGGCGAAAGCUCUGCAACGAUUAGCUUAUGCUAAAAGUCUGUAA